AUGGUCAAGAAGCGAGCAUCCAACGGCCGUAACAAGAAGGGUCGCGGCCACGUCAAGCCCAUCCGCUGCUCCAACUGCUCGCGAUGCACCCCUAAGGACAAGGCAAUCAAGAGAUUCACCAUCCGCAACAUGGUCGAGUCCGCCGCCAUCCGUGACAUCUCUGAUGCCUCCGUCUUCCCCGAGUACACUGUCCCCAAGAUGUACCUGAAGCUCCAGUACUGCGUCUCUUGCGCUAUUCACGGCAAGAUCGUCCGUGUCCGCUCGGUCGCAGGCCGCCGCAACCGUGCCCCUCCCCCUCGCGUCAGGUUCAACAAGGACGGCAAGAAGAUCUCCCCUAACCAGGCUGGUCCCAAGGUCGCAGGCGCUGUCGCAUAA